UACUCUUCAACGUCGUCUUUGCGCAGCAGUUACGCAGUUGCGCAGUCAAGACAGAAAGUAUCCUGCUUGCUAAACUCUUUUCCAUGCGCCAUUCGUUUAUUAAUGUGCCAGGUUAUUUCGCAUCUACUCUAAACAAAAAGGAACGUUGAAUCAUUUUCGGCUUGACGUUAUGGCAUUGCGGGCAUGUGGAUUUGUUAUUUUUCGGCAUUUGGUCCAGAAGUCUCCCCCUGAUAAUAUAGAGUUCCUUCUGCUGCAGACGUCCUACGGGGAACAUCACUGGACACCACCCAAAGGUCAUGUUGACCCUGGAGAGGACGACUUUACCACCGCCAUGAGAGAGACACAGGAAGAAGCAGGUUUAGGUAAAGAUCACCUGCGUAUGGUAGACGGCUUCCUGCAGAGGUUGCACUAUCAGGUCCGAGGAAAGGACAAAGAGGUGCUCUAUUGGUUGGCUGAGCUGCGUGACCCAAACACACAGGUCGUUCUCUCAGAUGAACACCAGGAUUACCGCUGGGCCAAACUAGAGGAAGCCUGCAAACUGGCAAAAUACCAGGACUUACAGGACACACUUACAGCAGCACAGCGGUAUCUAGAAACACAGGGCAAACAGUAACAUUUACACUUGGUUUUGACAAGUUAAAUGCUUGCUCUCAUCUUUAUAAAAUUGUUUUAGGAUGUCAAAUUAAUUAUAGAGGACCUGAUGUGCUUUAUGAAAUUUGACUGUGAGAAUAGACAUUUGACUUCAAAUCCUUUUUGCGUCUUUACUUGCUAAGCUGAAUUUAAUGUGAAUUCGUAAAAGGUUGCUUUCAAGAAGUUAAAAAUAUUAAGACAAAUGCACAAUCUUUAAAUCUCCACCAACAAGUAAAACAAAGCUGCCAUUCAUUCCCAAGAAUGUUUCGGGUUAGCUGUAAUGAUCUGUAACAUACUGUUAAUUUCCAUUGAAAAAUCAUGUUCGGAAGCCCCACAAUAAAAAAAAGAAAAACACACCGACAUAAAUACUUGAAAUUGAUGGACUACAAGGCUUGUAAGUGGAUUAUGACACCAUUAACAUAUACAACUCAUUUUUUUUCUAUACACACACAUUAUCUAAUCUCAUUGUCACUUUUUCACAAGUUAGUCCACAUACUGUAUAGUUUUUCAAUAUUACAAUAUAGGGUCCAUCAAAAAUAGUCUAUAUAAUUAGAUGCAAGUUGUUUUGCUAUGAAUCCUGUAUCAUUCAGAUUGUCCUAAAUUAUUAACUGUAAUGAAACCAGUAAUGAGAAACACAGUUUAAGAAUCAA